GUUACAGCAAUGAUAGUACAUAACAUGUAGGCCAGGCCUACUACUAUCCUUGGUUGGGUUACAGAUACAGAGUGGGUCAAAGUUCACAGACAUCUUGUUUACAUACAAUCGGCUGAGGACUAGAUCUAGAAUCUAGGGCUAGGACUUACAAGGAGAAAAGCGAAAGCGAACACCAUCACCGCAAGUGGCGCAAGCUGAACGCUCUAAAACAUUUCCUAUUGAACAGAGUGACAAAUGGAAGCUUGCUGUCCUCUCCGCUGUAAAUGAAGUCUGAAAACAAAAAAGGCAUAAUGAGCUCACUCGAGCAACACAAGCCCAGGCGCGAAGUGAAUGGCCUGUCCCUGUACUACAUCGAUAGUAUUGCUGUCCUUGUAAUGAACAAUGGAGAGAACAAACUCAACGAUGACUUUCUCGACAGCUUUCAUACCAUGUUGGAUGACGUGGAAGGAGAGGACACAUGUGUCGGACUCAUCACAACAGGGGUGGGGAAGUUCUACAGUACGGGCCUUGAUCUCCCAUGGCUUUUAAAACGUUCACCCGAGGAAAUAGAGAGAUUUUUCAUCAGCCUCUGGCAGUUCUGGAGGAGGCUUAUGGUUUUCCCAGUUCCCACUGUGGCUGCUAUCAAUGGUCACUGCUUUGCUGGAGCUAAAUUAGGAGCAGGCCCAAACGGGCACAAUGCCCUUGUUCUGGCAUUUCGUUACACAGCGCAGGAGGCCCUCCGAGCCGGCAUUGUGCACACAGUGACAUCAGAGGCACUCCUCAUCAAGGAGUCGGCGAGGGUUAUCGAAGGACUUCAUGUCAAACAGCUUCUUCCCCGAGACAGCUUGGUCAACAUGAAAAGGGAUGUCUAUGAGCUUGUGUUGCAAGACUUGGACACUGAUGUUGACAGAGCCAUGUCCGUUUUUAAAUCUUUGCUUUAGUGUGUUGUGUAAUGCUUGGUGCAUACAGGGUGAUCCCAAAAAAACAUUAAAACUUUUUUCGUAAAUAUUUUCCUCCACACUGAAGCUUUCUUCAUCUUCAAAUUUGAACACAAUAUUCCCCAUUCCAAAGGAAUUUGACUGAUAUUUAUUUUUGAUGAUUCCACUAAAUAAUUCUGCAGUAUAAUGCGCAUUAGAAAAACAACCCAUUAUUUGCUUUUGUCCCCUUUUAUUACACUACACAGGAGUACGCAUUACCACAAAAUGUCGUGAAAAAUUCUGGACGGACCUGGGGAGACACAGGCACUAGGAUCGCCAAGACCAGUGGUUCAUGCAAGAUGGGGCCAAUCGCCACGUUUCUGUCAGAUAAAUGACAUGGCCAGCUGACCAUCUUGGAGAUCGUGUGAUCAGUCGCAGAAGUGAACACAUUUAAUUGAUUUUGUUUAUGUAGUCUUAGUAAGGUUUUAUGGCGUUCGCAACUGCAUUAGGUCGUAUGAUUUUGUUUAUAUGCUAAGGAGAUAUUUGAUUGAUUUUGUGAAGGGUAGACCUAUGCAGAUAUUUUGUCCGCAAAGACAAUUUUAAAAAACCUAAACAGAAAAACUCUACUUUCAAACACUAUUCUGCAUUCUAGUCAAUGAUGCUUUGUUGAAUGAGCUGUGAUAAAAAGGAAA